AUGGCGGCCCCGAUUUCAAUUAUGAAUUCUGAGCCCUUGAACAUUAAGGGCCAUGAUGGUAACAUCUUUUCUAUGGCUUUGUCACCGGAUGGCAACACGCUGGUGUCAGGAUUAGGUGAUAAUUCAGUCCAGCUCUGGAAUCUACAUACAGGCGCUCGUCUCUGGACAGGCAAGGGCCAUAGUGGAUAUGUCUUUGUCGUUGCCUUCUCACCGAAUAGCAAGUUGGUGGCAUCAGGAUCACUUGAUCGUACAGUCCUACUCUGGGAUCCAGCGACAGGCGCUUUGUUGAAAACACUCGAGGGCCAUAGUAAUAAUAUCGCUGUCAUUGUCUUCUCACCGGAUAGCAAGUUGGUUGCAUCGGGAUCAGGUGAUAAAACAAUCCGGCUUUGGGAUCCGGCGACAGGCGCUUUGUUAAAAUCGCUCGAGGGCCAUGGUGACGGUAUUACUAUUCUGACAUUUUCGCCGGAUGCGGAUGGAACAAUCCGGCUCUGGGAUCCAGCGACAGGCGCUUUUAUCCGGAUACUCAAGCACCCCAAAAACAAGAGUAAUACAGUCCGGACUAUAGCUUUCUCGCCUGAUGGCAAGAUGAUGGUGUCAGGAUCAUACGAUCGCGUACUCCGGCUCUGGGAUCCCCAGACAGGCGCUCUCACAAAAGAACUCGAGGGCGACAAUCUCUCAGGUAGAUAUGUUACAACUGUGGCCUUCUCACCAAAUGGUAAGAUUCUGGCGUCCGCAUUGAGCAGAACAGUCCAGCUCUGGAAUUCAGAGACAGGCGCUUUUCUAAGGAAAUUUGUCACACCCGAUGAUAUCAAAACUUUAGCCUUCUCACGGGAUGGCAACAUGUUGGCGUCACUAAGUCAUGAAGGUUUGGGAUUAUUACAACUCUGGGAUACAAGGACAGUGACUUGUUUGCAUACUCUCGAGAACCACGCUGAUCGCAUCCAUAUUGUGGCCUUCUCACCGACUGGCAACAUGGUAGCAUCAGGGUCAGACGAUCACACAGUCCGGCUCUGGAACCCAAAGACAGGCGCGUGUGUCUGGAUACUUAAUGAACAUGAGGAUAAAGUCACCACUAUUGCCUUCUCACCAGAUAGCAAGUUGCUAGCUUCAGCAUCAGACGAUUGUACAGUCAUAAUCUGGAAUCCAGAGACAGGCGAUUCUCUAUGCACAAUCAAGGGUCACCCUGCUUCUAUCACUACCAUUGCCUUCUCACCGAAUAGCAAGGUGGUAGCGUCAGGAUCAAUUGAUGGAAGUGUCCGGCUCUGGGAUCCCAAGACAGGCUACUUUCUACAAAUACUCGAGGGCCAUAAGAAAGGUAUCAAUUCUAUCACCUUCUCACCGGAUGGCAAGACGUUGGUGUCAGGAUCAGAUGAUAAAACAGCCCGACUGUGGGUGUUGGAAUCCUUUGCCAAAUAG